AUGGGGCCGGGGGGCGGCCGGCAGGGCCCGGAGGCAGCGGGAGGCCGAGCGUCCUGCCGGGCCGCCGCGCUGCUGCUCCUGCUGCUCCUGGCCGCGCCCGCCGGGCUGCGCGCCGCCCUGGAGGAAGAGACCGGCAGGAACAAGGAGCCGCCGGCGCCGCCACAGCAGCAGCAGCCGCAGCCCGCGGUGCAGGGGCUAGAUCCGGCCCGGGCCGAGAAAUGGCCCACGCCAGUUCCUCCAGUUCAUCUUAUCAGUGAAGAAUCUGCUGAUAAAACUAAUUUGGGGUUUAUUCAUGCUUUUGUGGCUGCCAUAUCAGUCAUCAUUGUGUCAGAACUGGGGGAUAAGACCUUCUUUAUUGCAGCCAUCAUGGCAAUGCGUUAUAAUCGUUUGACUGUAAUGGCUGGUGCCAUGCUUGCCUUAGGACUGAUGACAUGCUUAUCAGUUUUAUUUGGCUAUGCCACCACAGUUAUCCCCCGAGUGUACACAUACUAUGUGUCAACUGCACUGUUUGCAAUUUUUGGCAUCAGAAUGCUUCGGGAAGGCUUGAAGAUGAGCCCAGAUGAGGGUCAGGAGGAGCUGGAGGAAGUUCAAGCAGAAAUCAAGAAAAAAGAUGAAGAAUUCCAGAGAACAAAACUAUUAAAUGGGCCAGGAGAUGUGGAAACAGGGACAGGCACAAAUAUACCUCAGAAGAAGUGGCUGCAUUUUAUUUCUCCAAUUUUUGUUCAAGCUUUUACUUUAACGUUCGUAGCAGAAUGGGGUGAUCGCUCUCAAUUGACAACAAUAGUCCUGGCAGCAAGAGAGGAUCCCUAUGGUGUGGCAGUGGGAGGAACAGUAGGACACUGUCUUUGCACUGGGUUAGCAGUUAUUGGCGGAAGGAUGAUAGCACAAAAAAUUUCUGUUAGGACUGUGACAAUCAUAGGAGGCAUUGUUUUCUUGGCAUUUGCAUUCUCUGCACUAUUUAUAAGCCCGGAGUCUGGUUUUUAACAAGCUUUUUUUCAUUGUCUUUAAAGAGCAAGGAUUGGGAGGAACAAGCUUGUCCUUGUGUGUUGCUGUAUAUAAUGUACAGGUAUUGUUGCUAAACAAGCACUGAAAAUGGGAUACUGCACUUCUAUAGCAAUGAUUUAUCAGUUUGGCACAUUCAUGGACCCUGUGCCAUGAAGAUCUGCUUCCUGUCUGGUUUGCAAGGUGUAUUUAAGGGGUGGUUGGGUGCCUCACAGGAUUUGAGUGGCUUUCUUGCUUGCUGAACCUGAUCAGAUGGCUUUUGAGGAUCUGCAUCCACAAACAUGAGGCUUCCUUCCUCUGUUCCACAUGAUCACUAUUGCUGUCUGUUCUAGAGCUUAUCCAUCUGGCUAAAUGAGCAGCCGCCUUGCCAACAGGCAUUAUGAUGUUACAAAUUUCCCAAUAGCAAGUAUGAGGGAGAAAAUCAUUGACUCUCACACUUCACUUCCAGGAUACCCUGGUAGCCUAAGAAACCUGAGGGCAGCUCCCAUGCCAUUAAGUGACUGAACCACCUAUUGAAACGUUUAGAAUUAAUUUUAAAAAGCAAAUAUCUUAAUCAGGGGCCUUUGGUAUGAAGUCAACAAAAGUGCUGACUCACGAUGUACUGUUUUCAACAACAGACAAUCUGGCUAGAUCUGAUUUUCUUUACUUAACCAAUUCUUUUUUGUAUUAAGUUGAAAACUUAUAAUAUACAUCAUAGUAAUAAAAUGGUAAAUAUU